AUGAUAGAUGCAAAGCUGUGGAAGGUGGUGUGGAGGCCAACCAUGCUGCCAAAAAUUUCCAAUUUCUUGUGGCGUGCGUUAUCAAAUGCUCUUUCUACCAACUGGAAUAUUUUCAGAAGAAAAAUUAUUCCAGACCCUUUGUGUGCUAUUUGUGGUGAGCAUCCGGAAACUACGGAGCAUUGCCUACUUCUAUGCCCUUGGACUAGCGCUGUAUGGUUUGGGAGCUCUUUGGGAUACAUCCCAGAGAAGGCCUCUAUCACAAGCUUGGAUGCUUGGCUUCUAGCAGUUUCUGGCAAUUCUGUAAUGAAGAGGGUCUCCCCUAACCCUGUUACUACUAUAGAGAACAUUCACAGAAGCUUUAAAAAGUGGUCUGGAGCUCAGUCUGAUUAUGACACUCCCCCAUAUGAGCCUCGGAGACCUACUGCAAGCAAAUUGUGGCAUCCUCCCCCUCCAAAUGUGGUAAAAGUUAACAUUGAUGCAGCUUGA